AUGACUAUUAUAAAUGAAAGAACUACUAAGAACUCUGUUUAUACACCGUUAAACGUGGGUAAUGGAAAUAAAACAGAUAACAACAACAAUAACAAAACUUCAUACAAUUCGAUAGAACAAGAACCACAUGAUUUAGACUUCACAUUAUCUGUCAACGAUCUAAAUAAAUUACAUAACCCCAAAUCUUUGAAAGAAUUCAAUCAAUUAUUUCAAAAUGAUGAAAAUAAUCUAUAUCACUUUCUACAUACUUCCUUAUCAAAUGGUAUCGAGUAUCCACCAGAAAUGUUUUUAAGAUUGCCCAUUAAAAGAAGAACUACUAUUGCAUUCGAAAAAGUUAAAUCCAAAACUCCACUAAAUCACCCACCACCACCAAAAUAUGUCAUUUGGAAUAGGUAUAAAAAAUACGGGGAUAACAAAUUACCCGAUAGAAUCCCCAAAACUCUAUGGCAACUGAUAGUAGAAGCUUUAAAAGAUCAAACCAUGUUAUUAUUAUCAUUUGCUGCAAUCAUAUCCUUUGUCCUAGGGCUAUACGAAUACUUUUUCCAACCUCCUGAAUAUGAUCCUAAGGGAAAUCCAAUAAAACAAGUGGAUUGGAUUGAAGGAGUCGCUAUUAUGAUGGCCGUUAUAGUCGUCGUAUUAGUAGGUGCAAUCAAUGAUUACCAAAAAGAAUUACAAUUUGUUAAAUUGAAUCAAAAAAAGGAGAAUAGAAAAAUUGUGGUUAUUAGGAAAGGAAAAGAAACUUUGAUCUCAAUCUACAAUCUUUUAGUCGGUGAUAUCAUCUGUCUACAGACCGGUGAUGUGGUCCCCGCGGAUUCCAUCCUUGUGGAAGGUGAGUGUGAAGCAGAUGAAUCGUCAAUCACUGGUGAAUCCGAUACAAUCAAAAAAGUAGAUCUUCAUCACGCAUUGACAAAAUAUAAUAGUAACUUCUCACUAUCGUCGCCAGAUCCAACUCUGCCUUUACCUGAUAUCGGUGAAAGAAACAGCAAAGGAGAAAAAGUUCCUGAUUGUAUGUUAAUCUCUGGUUCCAAAUUGCUCUCAGGUUUAGGUAAAGCUGUGGUAACCUCUGUUGGAACAAACUCUAUAUAUGGAAGAACAAUGAUGUCUUUGAAAGUCGAACCAGAUCCAACACCCUUACAAGAGAGACUGAGUCAAUUGGCAGAUAAUAUAUCGGUAUAUGGUUGUGUAGCUGCAAUCAUCUUAUUUUCUGUCCUUUUUAUAAGGUUCCUAUUCAACACUUUAUUACCUAAUGGAAAAUUCCAUGAUCUAACAAGAGCUGAAAAGGGUACUAAAUUCAUGAACAUCUUUAUUACUGCUAUUACAAUAAUAGUUGUCGCUGUUCCAGAAGGACUACCAUUGGCUGUCACUUUGGCUUUGGCAUUUGCUACAACAAGAAUGACCAAAGAUGGUAAUCUUGUAAGAGAAUUAAGGGCUUGUGAAACCAUGGGUUCAGCUACCGCUGUUUGUUCAGAUAAAACUGGUACAUUAACAGAAAAUAUUAUGACUGUCAUCAAAGGUGUCAUAGCAUCUUAUGGCUUUCAUGAUUAUUCUGAUCUACUCACGACUACCGGAAGUAAUGGGACUAUUAGUACUAUGAACUCUUCUACUGUCACCCCAGCCACUACUGCUACUACUCCUGUUCUAUUCGAUAAAAUCAUACCUGAUGUCAAUAAAAAUAUUAUCUUUACCAACAUUAUUUUAAAUUCUACUGCAUUUGAAAAUAAGGAUUAUAAGGAUAAUAACACUACUGCUACUCCUGUGAUUUCUAGACAAGAAGAAGACGUGAAUGGUGCUGUUGAUGAAGACCUAAUAAAAAGAAUUAAACAUGGAAGACAAGAGCCAUACAUUGGUUCUAAGACAGAAACGGCGUUAUUAUCAUGGUCUAAAGAUCAAACUAAACAAUUAAAAUGGGGUCAAUUACAAACUUUACGUGAAGAAUAUCAAAAGUAUUUCAAUAUUGAUAAUAUUGUACAAAUCAUCCCUUUCGAAAGUUCCAGAAAAUGGUCGGGUGUAGUAGUUCAUUAUCCAAAUGGGGAUUUCUAUAGAUUUUUCAUAAAAGGUGCUGCUGAGAUUGUUUCAAGUUAUUGCAAGUACAAAUACAAUGAAAAAUUUGAAUUAAUCAAAAUCGAUGAAACUAUUGAAAAUGAGAUAAACGCAAAUAUUAGAGAAUUAGCUAAUGAUGCUCUAAGAGCAAUCUCUCUAGCACACUGUGAUUUCUAUAAUUUGAAAAAAUGGCCACCAAAAGAGUUUGUAGACACCUCCAUAAAUAAAGACGAUUCUGAGAAUGACACGCCAUCUCCUGAAUUAAUUCUCACCAAAACAUAUCAUAAUAAGAGCAAUAAUUGCGGAUUAAUAUUGGAUGGUGUUUUGGGUAUCCAGGAUCCGUUACGUGAGGGUGUCAAAGAUUCGGUAUUACAAUGUCAAAAUGCUGGUGUCACUGUUAGAAUGGUUACUGGGGAUAAUAUUAUAACAGCAAAGGCAAUUGCCAGGAACUGUAACAUACUGGACAAUAGUAUUUUCAACAAUGUAGACUGUGCUAUGGAAGGUCCAAAGUUUCGACAAUUAACACCUGAGGAAAGAAUUAAAGCCUUGCCAAAUUUAAGAGUUCUUGCUAGGUCAUCUCCUGAAGAUAAAAGAUUAUUAAUUGGAACGCUGAAGAGUAUGGGUAAUGUUGUCGCUGUUACUGGUGAUGGGACCAAUGAUGCACCAGCUCUCAAAUUAGCAGAUGUUGGUUUUUCUAUGGGUAUUUCUGGUACAGAAGUAGCUAGAGAAGCUUCUGAUAUCAUUUUAAUGACAGAUAAUUUUUCUGCCAUCGUUAAUGCUAUUAAAUGGGGGAGAUGUGUUUCUAUAUCCAUUAAAAAAUUCAUUCAGUUUCAAUUAAUUGUCAACGUUACUGCAGUGAUCUUAACCUUUGUAUCAGCUGUGUCUUCUGAAAAUGAGACUUCUGUAUUAACCGCUGUGCAAUUAUUGUGGGUUAAUUUAAUUAUGGAUACCUUAGCAGCCUUAGCUUUAGCAACAGAUAAACCUGAUAACAAUAUUAUGAACAAAAAACCAAGAGGAAGAUCAACUCCUCUGAUUGCACCAUCUACAUGGAAAAUGAUCUUAGGACAAGCAAUGGUUCAACUUACCGUUACAUUUAUUUUACAUUUCCAUGGUAAAUCGAUUUUUUAUUCUGAUAUGGAAGAAAUCACUGGUGUUCAACAGCAAUCGUUGAAUGCAAUGACAUUUAAUACAUUUGUUUGGUUACAAUUUUUUACGCUGUUAGUUUCCAGGAAGUUGGAUGAGGCUGAUGGUAUAAAAGAUUGGCGCAAAAGAAUAUCCUGUAACAAUAUAAACUUCUUCCAGGACCUAUUCAGAAAUUACUAUUUUAUUUCUAUUCUAAUUAUUAUUGGUUUGUGUCAAAUUCUAAUUAUGAAAUUUGGUGGUACAGCAUUCUCAAUAGCUCCUCAAACAAUGUCUAUGUGGGUAACUGCCGUUGGCUGUGGUAUGUUAUCAUUACCUGUUGGUGCACUUAUUAGAAUAUGCCCUGAUGAGUGGGCAUUAGCCAUUUUCCCAUCUCGGUUAUGGCACGUAAUACAAUGUUUAAUAGGCCUUAAGUGGUUAAGAAAUAUUACGAACCACUACACAGGUACUAAUAUUAAUGAUGAAGAAGCCUUACUGAAUGAAUCAAAUGAAAAUAAUUCUGAUGUUUUCUUUUAA